AUGUCUGCAAGGGAAAUGUGGACUUUCAUUCACUUUCUUCCGCUCAUGAUAGGAGACUUAAUACCAAGAAGUAAUAUACCAUGGAAAUUAGUUUGCUUACUUAUACAAAUAGUAGACAUGGUUUUAUUACCUGAAUAUAAUUCUGAACAUAUUGAUAAUCCUAAAACGUUAAUUAAAGAACACAAUGCUUUAUAUAUGAAACUUUAUGGAGAUCUAAAACCCAAGCAUCACUUCCUCGUUCAUUACCCUUCUCUUAUUCGUAAAUGUGGACCACCCAAAUUUAUUUGGAGUUUUAGAUUUGAAGCUAAACAUCAAAGUUCAAAGGCAUACUCCAGCAACACAACAUCUAGGAUAAAUAUUCCCUACACAUUAUCUGUUAAAGCUGGUCUCAAAUUUUCUAAAUUUCUUAUGGAUUUUAAGAAGGGUUUGGAUGCUGAAUAUACUUUGGAAAAUGAAACUUUUUUAGAUACAAAUGAACUUACAAAUUUUUCACAGGUCUUUUUAAAUCCGAGCCAAAAGGACCAUUUAAUAACUGCAAAGAUUGCUAAGUCAGGGACUUAUCACGGCAAAAAAUACAAGUCAAAUCUUUACUUGGCAGCUUCAGAAAAUAAGUCCAAAAAGCUCUAUAAGAUUGUAUAUAUUGUUAAACUAAACAAAAAUUCACUGCACAUUUUAACACAUGAAAUAGAAUUAAAAAGAUUCGAUAACCAUUUUCAGUCAUUUGAAAUUGGAAGAUGCUUCAAUGCUUUGUAUCUUAAACCAAUUGAAGAUUUCUCGUCGCCCCCAUUAAACCUAUAUACUGCAAAUAAUGGAAAAGUUUAUUUAAGAAAUAAAUAUUUAUAA